UCACUUCGGCUUCGCCCUCUGCUCACAUCCUAACAAGAACAAACAGAAAUAAGAAAUAAAUAAAACAGGAAAAAAAAAACAAAAACUGAAGGCUUCGUUAUGUUAAUUUAAUUAGUAGAAACGGAAAAAAAGAAGAGGAGAAAAACUAUAUAAUUGGAUAUUUUUAAUAUUUAUGAAAAUUGUAGGCAAAAAUGAAAUCAUCGAAGCAGCGAAUGACGAGCCUAGCAGAAGAUAUAGGGAUACAUGAAACUCCCUAUCGUGCUAAGCUGCAUCAUCUUUUCCUUCAAAUCGAGAAAGAGUUUGAACUUUUAUAUUUGGAAAAUUUAAGCUUGCAAGAAAAGCUGGACGGGUACACCAAUAAGGAUUCACUUCAAUCUUGUGAGAGAUCGACUUCGACUAAUCCGAGUGGAGCUAAUCCGUCCUCAACCAUUCCACAACCUACCGCAGUAACAGGUGCUGAGGAAGUAGAUACAACGAGCGGAGGACCUGUUGUUUCUGGAAGUAAAAGUUUCAAGUCAAAAUUUACUUACAGUGGAGGCAAGGUUAAAGCCAGCCAUAAAAUCAAAGCGCAAACUAGUCGAAUCGUAUCUAGCUUUAAAGCUCAGUCCGUAGUAAGCAGUACAGUUAUGAGGGAGUUUUGCGGACAUAAAGAUGGGGUAUGGCAAGUAGCAGCAAAAGUAGGUCAGCCUAUUAUUGGGACAGCUUCGGCAGAUCACACAGCUUGUAUAUGGGGCAUUGAGAGUGGUCGAUGUCUUCUACAAUACACUGGUCAUGUUGGAUCUGUUAAUUCUAUAAAAUUUCACCAAAAUCGUGAUUUGGUUUUGACAGGUAGCGGCGAUGGAACAGCUCACAUAUGGCAAGCCGCAGUUAACUGGGAUGUAUCUAAAAAAGGUCAUUCAUCCGAAGAGGAACUUGAUGACAGCGAUGAACAAGUGGAAGAUCGUGAUCGCGUUGAUACUUUACGUACACCACUUUGUGAAUUUCAAGGACCUGGAGGUCACUUAUCUGUAGUUGUAGCCGCGGAUUGGCUAGUAAAUAUGGAUCAAAUUAUUACAGGAAGCUGGGAUCGUACUGCUAUUUUAUGGGAUGUGGAGACUAGAGAGCCAUUACAACCUUUGAUGGGUCAUGAUCACGAGUUGACGCACGUGUCGGCUCAUCCAACCCAAAGACUAGUUGUGACUGCGUCCCGAGACUCCACAUUUCGCCUAUGGGAUUUCAGAGAUCCGAUUCCUGGCGUGUCAGUAUUUCAAGGUCACACUGAAAGUGUGACAUCUACAGUAUUAACCAAAGACGACAAAGUGGUAUCAGGGUCAGAUGACCGCACUGUUAAAGUGUGGGAGUUGCGAAAUAUGCGUUCGGCUUUGGCUACAAUACGUACGGACUCUUCUGUGAAUAGACUAGCAGUAUCUAAUGGUGGUAUUAUAGCAAUUCCCCAUGACAACCGACAGAUUCGCUUAUUUGAUUUAAAUGGGCAGAGAGUUGCCCGUUUACCCCGAACAAGCCGCCAAGGUCACCGGCGUAUGGUUUCAUCCGUGGCCUGGGCGGAAGAGCCUCUUUUAAACUGCGAUUUGUUUUCAUGCGGGUUUGAUCGUCGUGUGUUUGGCUGGUCCAUCAUUUUACCAAAAGAUAAUUAAGUUAUUCCAAAAAGAAUCUUAUAACUGACGUAAAUAUGUAUUAUUGUUUUUUGUUCAUUAAAAUUGAUAUAAAAUAACAUUUAAA